UUUCUAUUUCUCUCUCUCUCUCUCUCUCUCUCUCUCUCUUGUUUCUCUCUCUAGAAAAAGGAGAAAUAUUCCUGGAAAAAGAGAAGAUUGAUUGGUUGAUUAGAUAAUAUCAUGCUAAUAUGAUUUGAAGGAAAAAAUCACGUUCACAGAUUUCUACGACUUCUUUCUCUCUCUAGAUUUCUGUAUUUCUACUGAUAUAUAGAAAUAUAUUUCUUCUUUCUUCGCAGCCCAAAACCUUUUUGCCCUCGCAUAAUUGAUUUUGUUUCUUCUGCUACUCGAUCUGUUGUUUCUCAAUUACACAUUCCAAUUAUUGAGCUCUAGCUAUUUCGAUUCAACAAUAAAAAGGACGAUCUUGAUGGUUUUGGCCAACUAGGUAUUCGGGGAUUCUAGCAAUUUCCAGCUGAAUUUCAAUCGAAGAAGAUUAGACAAAACAUGUCAACAAAUACAGCAUUGCCCGAAACGGCGUCGUUUUCUGGAGGUUCUCGUCGCUUUGGUGAUCUUAGAGGUGUCCAAUGGCGCGUGGAUUUGGGGAUUUUGCCAUCUUCCCCUUCUGCAUCCAUUGACGAUCUUCGCCGUGUUACCGCCAAUUCUCGGAGAAGGUAUGCUGCUUUAAGAAGACGGCUUCUGGUUGAUCCACAUGUGCCGAAAGAUGGAAAUACUUCUCCCGAUCUUGUCAUGGACAAUCCACUCUCCCAAAACCCUGACAGUAUGUGGGGCCGAUUCUUCAGAAGUGCAGAACUAGAGAGAACGCUCGAUCAAGACCUGACACGGUUGUACCCUGAAAGAGGCAGCUAUUUCCAGACAAGUGGAUGCCAAGCCAUGUUAAGACGUAUUUUAUUGCUUUGGUGCCUUAGAAACCCUGAGUAUGGAUACAGACAAGGAAUGCAUGAACUCUUGGCUCCCCUGUUGUACGUUCUUCACGUUGACGUCGAACGCCUCUCGGAAGUGAGGAAAAAUUACGACGACCAUUUCGUGGACAAAUUCGACGGCUUCUCAUUCCACGAGAACGACUUGACAUACAAAUUCGAUUUCAAGAAAUUCUCCGAAUCUUCAGAAGAUGACAAACGAUUCGAAAACGGUUCCUCCAAACCUAGCAAUCUUGGUGAAUUGGAUCAAGAGAUACAAACCAUUGUUCUGCUCAGCGAUGCCUAUGGUGCAGAAGGUGAACUCGGUAUUGUCCUGUCUGAAAAAUUUAUUGAGCACGAUGCAUAUUCCAUGUUCGAUUCUUUAAUGAGUGGGCCCUCCAGUGGGGCCCUUGCGAUGGCAGAAUUUUUCUCUCCUUCUGUAAUCGAAGCUUCUGCUGCACUUUACCACUUACUUUCGAACGUUGAUUCGUCUCUCCACACACACCUAGUUGAAUUAGGAGUUGAGCCACAAUACUUCGCGCUUCGUUGGCUGAGAGUAUUGUUCGGACGCGAAUUUUCUUUGGAAGAUCUUCUACUAAUAUGGGACGAGAUUUUUGCAUAUGAAAAUAUAAAUUCGAACAAAUAUGAUGCUGAGUCAAACUUUGGAGUUCUUGAAUCGCCUAGAGGGGCGUUCAUUUGUGCCUUCGCAGUUUCGAUGAUACUCAAUUUGAGAUCUUCUUUGCUCGCCACCGAAAACGCUACUGCGUGUCUUCAAAGAUUGUUGAAUUUUCCCGACGAUAUAAAGCUUGCGAAACUUCUAACAAAGGCGAAAUCUUUACACCCUUUAGCUUUAGAUGCGAACAAUUCCAUUUCAGUACCGAUUCGAAGUGGGAUUUAUGAUGACAAGAAAUCAACGGUGACCAGGAGUCAUACCGUUUCGCUCGAUUUGACUUCGACUUCUCCAAAAACUCCUCUAACUGUGGUACCCGAUAGCUAUUGGGAAGAGAAAUGGAGGGUUUUGCACGAGGAGGAAGAGCAGAAAAAGGGUCUUGCAGGAGAACAAGUACCAAAUCGAAUAAAGGGUUGGUCUGAAAAAGUAAGGCUACGUUUGUCAAGAACCGAAUCCGAUCCUUCACCGUCAUCUUCGAACAAAAAUGCAAGAACGAAAAUUCCGAAGCCAUCUGUUAGGAGGAGCCUGUUGAAUGACCUGGCGCGCCAGCUAGGAGCGGAGGAAGAAGAUGUCGGCCCCCUCAUUUCUGUGGAGGUGGACGAACAAAAUGUUGCUGAUGAGAAGAACCGUGACAGCUCAGCGAAUGAAGAAAGUUGUUCGAAUUCCUCGGAUCAAACGACUCGUGUUCGUAGUGAUAAUGAGAAUGAGUCAGGGAGAAGUAGUGUUGCAUCGAACUCGUUGGCUGACGAAAACGAAGAUGCUGAGUCAUCGUCUGUGAAUAUUCCGGUAUGUUCCGCUGCUCCUCCUCCGGUUUCUGAUCCGACCGAUGAUGUGCCGGCAGAAUGUACGGUGGAUGAUGAGUCUGUAGGGAAAUUAGAGACGGGGGUUAAGGAGAGGAAACUUCUCGCCGGAAAAUUUCAGUGGCUGUGGAAAUUCGGAAGGAGUGGCGGCAGUGAAGGAACUUCGGAAAGAAGCGGUGGUGGUGAAGAUACUGCAAAAGCUUCUUGCAAUGGUGAGGAGAAAGAUGUAAUUUCUGUUUCUUCCACCGGUAAAGGAAAGACGGUUGACCAAAACUUGAUGGUUAAUUUGAAGAAUGUUGGUCAAUCCAUGCUUGAGAAUAUUCAGGUGAUUGAGUCGGUGUUCCAGCAGGAUCGAGGGCAAGCGGGGUCCGUUGAUAAUUUAUCGAAGAAUGGUGGUAUUGUCGGAAAAGGGCAAGUGACAGCCAUGGCUGCACUGAAAGAGCUUAGAAAAAUCAGCAAUCUUCUCUCUGAGAUGUGAGAAUGUGUUUUCAUUCAUGAAUCAUUGCACAUUUCUUCCAUUUUAAUUAUUUCGAGUAUAGGAAUAAGCGAUACCCCCUUCGGCAUUUUCUCGUAUCUAGUCGAUAUUUUUUUUUAAAGUAUUGUCUUGCUGUAAGUUGUAUAAAAUAGAGAUUCUUGAUCCAGGUAAUAUGAACACUAUUGGUAAGAGAUGUGUAAUUAGCAUUAUUCAGUGAUCAAUUGAUCAAUU